AUGUUUCAUAAGAUCAAGAACCCCAAUACUGUGGUAUAUAAUACAUUGCUAACCAUAUUGAUUUUAUCCUUGAUCAUUGCCAUAUAUUCCAAACCGGUUAGAUUGAAUUCAGAUAAUAGUCGGUAUUAUAAUUCCAUAUACAAGAAUAAUAAUUUAAUAUUCUUUAAUGAUCAAAAAUGCAAAACUUGCAAAGUUUUGAAACCUGCUAGGUCUAAACAUUGUAAAAUAUGUGAUCAGUGCAUCGUAUUCUUUGAUCAUCAUUGUGUUUGGAUCAAUAAUUGUGUUGGUAAGGGGAAUUAUAAAUGGUUUUAUUUAUUCUUGAUCAUGAAUGUUAUUGUCUUGACUUAUGCCACAAUUAUAAGUUUUAACUUAAUUCAAACCAUUGUCAAUGAUGAAAGCAUAGGAUAUGAUGAAUUUGAAAAUUUCCAAAAUGAACUAAUAUUGUUUUUAAUUUGUGGAUUAUUAGAUAUUGUGGUUACUUGGUUUGCAUUUGAAAGUUUUAAAUUAGUUUAUAUGGGGAUGACUACAAAUGAACAACAAAAAUGGUUUAAUAUUCAUGAUUUAAUCCAUUCAGGUGAAUUAUAUACAGAUAACCAUGGCCAAUAUUUUGAAUAUUUACCAAAUGAUGAUAUUUUCUUGGGUAUGAAUAUGAAUGAUAAUAGACCUAUUCCUGUAAGGAAAGAACAAUUAACUUUAGUCAGAUCAACUGAAGAAUUGAAAAAUAUUUAUGAUCUAGGAUUUUGGGAUAAUUUGAGAGAGAGAUUGUCAUAG